CCUAUUUUUUUUUAAAGGAACCGAGUGUAUUUUUUUUUUCUUUUUUUCUUUUUUUUUUUUUUUUUUUUUUUUAAUUUUUUCUGUUCGCUGUGGCCGGCCGAGGGACUAAGCCGAGAUCAAUGAAGGAAAGAAGAGCCAGCCAGAAGUUAUCGAGCAAGGCGGUGAUGGAUCCCAACCAGAACGUGAAGUGCAAGAUCGUGGUGGUAGGGGACAGCCAGUGCGGGAAGACCGCCCUGCUUCACGUUUUUGCCAAGGACUGCUUCCCUGAGAGCUACGUCCCCACCGUUUUCGAGAACUAUACGGCCAGCUUUGAGAUCGACACGCAGCGCAUCGAGCUCAGCCUCUGGGACACCUCGGGAUCUCCUUAUUAUGACAAUGUCCGCCCGCUCUCCUAUCCAGAUUCUGAUGCUGUCCUGAUUUGCUUUGACAUCAGUCGGCCAGAAACCCUUGACAGUGUGCUAAAAAAGUGGAAAGGUGAAAUCCAGGAGUUCUGUCCGAACACCAAGAUGCUUUUGGUUGGUUGCAAGUCGGAUCUGCGCACGGAUGUCAGCACGCUCGUGGAGCUUUCCAACCACAGGCAGACCCCCGUGUCCUACGAUCAGGGUGCAAAUAUGGCCAAACAGAUUGGAGCAGCCACGUACAUCGAAUGCUCAGCCUUACAGUCGGAAAACAGCGUCAGAGACAUUUUUCACGUUGCCACCUUGGCGUGUGUGAAUAAAACAAACAAAAACGUGAAACGAAACAAAUCGCAGAGGGCAACAAAGAGGAUUUCACACAUGCCUGGCAGGCCAGAACUGUCCACAGUGGCGACGGACUUGCGAAAGGACAAAGCAAAGAGUUGCACGGUGAUGUGAAAGGACCUCGGGUUUUCCUGGAGAAGGGAGGAAGAGGAGCGUCCGGGAGGGGUGAAGGCUCAAUGAAGUACCCAGCCACAUGGUAUUUUAUCGAGGGCUUGUUGCCAGCGCUUUCAAAACGGAGACUCUUCGCCUCUUUGUGUGAGACUGUGUUUAGGAAUUGAGCAGCGAGAAGAAAUGGCUCUGCACGAGGUGGCAUCAGGAAACGAUAACGUUGAAGAAAAUGCCAAAAAAAAAAAAAAAAGCCAAAAGGAAAAAAGGGAAAGGUGUUUGUGUGUGCUGAGAAAAGAGAGAGUGAAUGGGAAAAAUAACACUGCAGAGAAGAGAGAUGUCAUUGACAGUGCUUGUUUCUUUUAUUAACGCUCUACUCCUGGAUGCUACCACUUUGAUUUCAUUAAAAUAAUACUUUACUGUUUGGUUUUUUUUUUUUAAAAAAAGACGUCGUUAUUAAUAUGCCCUCCUCAUUAAGGAACUACCCCUGUGACCUUCUAGUUGGUUUUCCAAAGGAUAUGAUCUAAUUUUUUUAGUAGCUCAUCGUUAAAAUGGAGAGGAUGCCGAGGCCUGUGUGUCACUGAGAGGAAAACACUCUACGUGAGAAGUCUGGAGUUUUGCCUUCCUGAGACAGCAGCGUUUGAGCACGUUGGUAACGAAGACAACCAUUUGAGAUUUCCCAGUAUUACCAGUGCCCCUGCACUGUGGAUAUUACAUGGAUCAAAUUGGGGUGUUGGGGGGGCAAAAUCUGCCCCCGUUGCAGGACUCUCUGACUUUGUGUUCCUCUUUGUGAUUGUGAUUUAGAGUGGAGAUGAUCUUCCAGUUCUGGUGUGUACUGUAUGGGUAUGUUGCUGUAGGUUCAAGUGAAAGGUGCUAAGAGCUAUGAUGACAAAUGAUCCUUAAUUUUACAACCAUGAUAAUUGGUUAAGCCUUACUGCCCAUCUGGGGAAAGCCCCCAGACUCCUGCUCCUGCUGGGAGCUGGAGAGCGGAGUGGAUCCCGGGAUCUAGCCCUCCGUAAAUGCUAUGGAGGUGGUUCUUCUCUGCCAUCUUCUUGGCAAAAACCCCAAGAAUCUGCAAAUGAGCCAGCAGAACCAGAUGAUGGUUUGUUAGGCUCGUGGUUUUUUGGGGGCUUUGCAGACUUUGGUUGCUCGUGGUGAGGUCUGAAGAACUGUGAACGCCUUAAGGGGUCCCCCAGUAGAAACUGGAUACUGCCCUUAAGUCUUUUAAGACUAAUAUAAACACGUAUCCAGACAACAAUCCUGAAACAUCAGUGAACCAGUUGAGUCAAAUUCCUUUUUUUUUGCUUACUGAAUACUAUUGUUACAUGAAAUAAAUCGGCCUUUAAAAUUAUUUGCAACUUGUUUACUGACCAACUUAACUCCGUAGCUUCUCUGGCAAGAAGGAUGCUGUAAGCUCCAUCCAGCCUGGUCUGGUUCCCAAGGGAUGAUGCUUCAUUUUGGAAGUGCUCAAGCUGUGUUCCUCUUGACUUGUGCAAAGGUAAAGGGUUACCAUAAUUAAAACUCAGUCCUGUGUGUUCCUGGCACUUUGUUUCAUCUGAGAAA